GAGGUAUAUAUACCACAGCCCUUUGUGUUCGAAAACAGACUCGUUCACUGAAGACAGAAGAAGCCUGCAACACCAUUGAAAAAGAAACCGGCGGAGAGAAUUUACUUUCAAGAUGCAGAUCUUUGUGAAGACCCUGACUGGCAAGACCAUCACCUUGGAAGUUGAGCCCAGUGACACCAUUGAGAAUGUCAAGGCCAAGAUCCAGGAUAAGGAGGGCAUCCCCCCAGACCAGCAGCGUCUGAUCUUCGCCGGAAAGCAGCUGGAAGAUGGCCGCACCCUCUCCGACUACAACAUCCAGAAGGAGUCCACCCUUCACCUGGUGCUCCGCCUGAGGGGAGGCAUGCAGAUCUUCGUGAAGACCCUGACUGGCAAGACCAUCACCCUGGAAGUCGAGCCCAGUGACACCAUUGAGAAUGUCAAGGCCAAGAUCCAGGAUAAGGAGGGCAUCCCCCCAGACCAGCAGCGUCUGAUCUUCGCCGGAAAGCAGCUGGAAGAUGGCCGCACCCUCUCCGACUACAACAUCCAGAAGGAGUCCACCCUUCACCUGGUGCUCCGCCUGAGGGGAGGCAUGCAGAUCUUCGUGAAGACCCUGACUGGCAAGACCAUCACCCUGGAAGUCGAGCCCAGUGACACCAUUGAGAAUGUCAAGGCCAAGAUCCAGGAUAAGGAGGGCAUCCCCCCAGACCAGCAGCGUCUGAUCUUCGCCGGAAAGCAGCUGGAAGAUGGCCGCACCCUCUCCGACUACAACAUCCAGAAGGAGUCCACCCUUCACCUGGUGCUCCGCCUGAGGGGAGGCAUGCAGAUCUUCGUGAAGACCCUGACUGGCAAGACCAUCACCCUGGAAGUCGAGCCCAGUGACACCAUUGAGAAUGUCAAGGCCAAGAUCCAGGAUAAGGAGGGCAUCCCCCCAGACCAGCAGCGUCUGAUCUUCGCCGGAAAGCAGCUGGAAGAUGGCCGCACCCUCUCCGACUACAACAUCCAGAAGGAGUCCACCCUUCACCUGGUGCUCCGCCUGAGGGGAGGCAUGCAGAUCUUCGUGAAGACCCUGACUGGCAAGACCAUCACCCUGGAAGUUGAGCCCAGUGACACCAUUGAGAACGUCAAGGCCAAGAUCCAGGAUAAGGAGGGCAUCCCCCCAGACCAGCAGCGUCUGAUCUUCGCCGGAAAGCAGUUGGAAGAUGGCCGCACCCUCUCCGACUACAAUAUCCAGAAGGAGUCCACCCUUCACCUGGUGCUCCGCCUGAGGGGAGGCAUGCAGAUCUUCGUGAAGACCCUGACUGGCAAGACCAUCACCCUGGAAGUUGAGCCCAGUGACACCAUUGAGAACGUCAAGGCCAAGAUCCAGGAUAAGGAGGGCAUCCCCCCAGACCAGCAGCGACUGAUCUUCGCCGGAAAGCAGCUGGAAGAUGGCCGCACCCUCUCCGACUACAACAUCCAGAAGGAGUCCACCCUUCACCUGGUGCUGCGUCUCCGUGGUGGCAACUAAGAAGCUCUGCUUUUAACGAUGUCUCACCUCUUCCCUCCCCAGUACCCUUUCCCCAUAUUAUUCCAUACCCAAUUCCUUCCAACUUCCCCCGAGCUUUCAUUCCUUUAAUAUCAAUAAAGUUGAAGCAUUCCUGA